GUCAGUCAAGUUUCAGUUUGAAAAGAUUUGAUUGCUAAUUGAUUAUAUGCUAUAUGUCCAUAUAAGGACAUCCUGGAUGCUGAUCAUCAGAAUUGUAGCUGUGACGUAGUGAUCUCUAUCUAGUGGGCUCUGUGAGGGUGUCAGCAUCUAGUGACAAUAUAAGAGGCCUGUGUUUGAUGUUGUAAGUCAGUCACAUUUGAACUUUCUUCACCCCGAGACAGUAUCAAGUCACAGCCUGCUACUACUACUACUACUGUAAAGCCAUGAAGACUCUUGCUCUCCUCUUCUCCUUUGCAUUUGUGCUGGUCUUCACUGCGCCCACUAAGACACCUGAUGAGAUUCAUCUACUGCAGAGGAUCAUGAAAGAGGCUAACAAGACGCUCAAGGAAGACCCGGAGGCCCUUUUGAACCAUCUAGUGCCAGCGGAAUUCAAUCAAGAUCGCUGCAAGUUACACGGGCCUAAAGAUUUCUGCAUAGCGGAGACGAUUCUGUCUAACAUAAACAAAACGCAGUACGGGACUUCAGACAACAACAUAGAGACAAUCAGCAGAGUGCUGGAGCAGUACAAUAAGCUUCACCCUUUCAACUGCACUAUGAAGACGAAUGGAGACGAGGAACAGCUCCGCGCUCUCCUGAUGAACCUCUACAACUGUGCCCAAGCCAUCUAUUCCCGUCCCCACCCUGUCACUCAUCACAAAACGACCCCAACACUUUGAGGGGACUGAGGGGAACUCUUUCGACCGUGCAUAGUCCAAUAACACAAAUUUUUAUUUAUUGAAUUGUAUUUAAAUGUACUAUGACAUUUAUUUUUGUACUAUUUAUGAAUAAAUUAACUAAUUGGUAAAAACUAUAUAUUUUUUUAUAAAUGUGGUUUAUUGUUUAAGUGUUGAUACUACUACAACAAAGAUUUUCUAGAUUUGACCUAUUCCUGACUCUAGCCUCAAACUACAUUUUAUAAUGUGGAAUCACUCAACUGUCUGGCAGUCUCCACACUAAAGCACUGGUAAAACACAAUCAUUAACGUUAUACUGUAUCGUGUGUGGACCACUGGGCAAUGGCCUCCAAUUGCUCUUAAAUACAAGUAAAACUAAAUGCAUGCUCUUCAACCGAUCGCUACCUGUACCUACCCGCCUGUCCAACAUUACUACUCUGGACGGCUCUGAC